AUGUUCAAAGCAUCCACCUUUUUUUGCUUAAGAUAUACUAAAAUCGUCAGUAGGCAUGCAGGAAAUUUAGUUUCGGACCCUAAAAAACUUAAAGGCAUGGUUGGAGUUUCUAGUAACACUGAAUUUUUAUACACGUUUAAUAUGAAUAUCUCACUAGCAUUUUUUUCAACAAUAAUUGGUAAGUAAGCUGAACCGCGAAGCAAAAAUGUCCCUUAAUGAUUAUUCAAUUUAAAAAUUAUACACAAAGAUGCAAUAGUCUCUGUUCAACCCAAAUUAAGAAAUUCGAACGACUUUGGGUAUGAGUAUUAUGGUCAAAUAUUUUUCAACAAUAGAUUUGGCACUGAAGACUCUGAAUGGUAACUUCUAUUUAGUCUUCAUUCUUUAAGAGAAUAUUUUCUUACUCAAUUUGGUGUGCAAGAAUUUAAGGAAUUUUUAGAAAGAAAUGAAUUAUUAAAGGACACGCUUCUCAAAAAAGAACAAUAUAAAUCCUAUUUCUCAGAGAUUGCACUAAAAUUCAACUAUGAUCGAAAUCUGCUUAAAUUGGUAUCAGACUGUAAUAUUCAUGAACUUGUGGUUAGUAAUUUUUCAGAAAUUUUCAAUGGAAAAGAAAACUCCCAAGAAGAUAUCUAUGUAGGAAAAUUUUGGACCCAAAAAGCGAUUGGUAGUAAUGAAAAUUAUGUGUUUAAUUAUUUCCCACUUGAAGAUGCUGAUCACUUUGAUAAUGAUAGUGAUAAAAAAGAAUUUAAAAUGUUUUCCAUUUCAAAUGAAUAUCCGCAAGUAAUUGAAGAAGAAAGGACAGAAGAGCCUGAAGAAGCAAAAGAAAGCACAGAUAAAUCUGCAAUUGUUUUUGAUUUAGAUGAAGAAAGCUCUGAAGACACUAUAUCAUAUACAAAUGACAAAGAGAUGCCUCAUGAUCCGCUUAGUGAAAUGAAAAGUCAAAUCCCAAUAGAUAUUUUUGAAUUUUUCAUAAAAAAUAAAGUCAUAGUUUUUUCACAGGAAAAAAGUUCGAAAAACCCAGUAACCAAUUGGGUUUAUGUGCAGCUAGAAACUGGAAAUGAUGAUCUUUUAACGAUAGAAACAGUUGAACGAGCAAUGAAAUCGUGUGGUGUUCGUUCUACUAAAAGAAUCGAAAUUUUUAAUGGUACUAAUAAGAGAAAGCAGAAAAUAGUGGAAAGCGAAGUAAUGAAUAAAAUUAAGGCCUCAAAUAGAAAUAUUGUUUUGGGCCAAAAGCCAGAAUUAUUUCCAGCUAAGAUACUUCCAAAGCAAGAAAUUCCUUGAUUUGAGAUGUGGCUUAGAGACAAUUUACCAAAAAUUUUUUCAGGAAAAAAUGUUAAAAUAAUAGCGAUUUUAAAUAAUUUUCUGAAAAAAUCCCUUCUAAUCAAAAAGAACAAAGAAAAAAGCAUGCACCAGAAAUUCCUAAAGAGCAAGCUAAAAUUAAAAUUUUUCAAAGUCCAAAAGCAUAUGCAUUUAUUGAAUUAAAUGAAAUUUCAGACAAAAUGAAAGUUUUGAAUCCCCAUUUCAGGAUUUUCGGAGUGAAUAUGUUCGGAUCAUUAUUGCUUGUUGAUGAUGCUGAUAUCAAAUUUACUAUAGUUGUAAGAAACGUAGAUAUCACAGAUCAAGAUAUGUUUGAAGCAAAAUUUAAUGAAGAAUUAUUGAAUAAUAAAUCAGAUGUGCAAAUUCGUGGAUAUCAAAUUUACAAUUAUUUUAAUGGGAAAAUGAACCAGAUAUUGCUGAGGCUUAAAACUUUUGAAGAUGCUUUUGAGGUGGCAAACAUUAUGAAUAAUAAGACGCUUACUCUCUUGAUAUAACGAUUUAUUGGAAAAUAGUUAAGCGCCCUUUCUUGAUCGAACGAUUUUCAUAUAGUUAAGCUUGAACCCCCACUACUUACACCUCAAAUCUAACUGCCUAUCUUUGAUUAUAAUUAAUCUUAGAGAUAUUACUGUAUAAUCGUUUCUUCGCAAUUUCUAGCAUAUUUGCAAAUAUAUUUCAUACUCUUUCCCUUACUACUCAGGCAUAAAAUAUUUUACAUGAAAAAAUUUUAAUAUAUAAACUUAAUAUAAUAUAUAUUUUCCAGAAUUUUUUGAACCGCUCUUGAUCGAACGAUGGAACAUCAUUUGAUCAGAGAUCGAAGGAGCUAGAGGGAAAAAGAUAACUGUUGAUUUUAGAAGAGGAUGCGGAAUUUGGGAUAGUGGCGAAUAUAGAGAAACAUUAAAUGGCUUCAUAGGAAGUGAUUCUAUUGAAGGGGGGAAAAAAGAUAAGAAAAAGCAUUAA